AUCGCGCAGCGCGUUUGGCCCCCGCGGGGUGCCGUAGGCGGUGUGACGUACGGCCCUGGGUUCCCCAUUGGCGGAUUCAAUAGUCGCGGGCUACUUGAACGGUGGGAGCGGAGCGGGCUGGAGGAGCUGCCCGUAGCGCGAGCCCCCUCUCUCCCGGGCACCCCAGUAGCGCGGCGCCGGGUGCCUGCCGAGCUCCCACCCCGGUGCAGGCGGCUGCCGAGCCCCGCACGAGCCCCCCGGCGCUGGGACGAUGCUGACGGGCGCCGCUGACCCGGAGCAGGAGAACCAGGAGAAUGUGCCCCCCAGCGGCAAAGCGCGGCCGCCCGCCGCCGCCCUCGGGGCCCGCCCGGUGCUGGCGCUGCUGCGGGGCAACCAGCGCCGCCCGACCCAGCAGCAGGCUGCUCUUGCUCACGCACCCUGGAGUAUUAAUGAUGAAAACUAUGGCAAGGUUCCAGCUGGGAAAGCGGGUAACAAACAACCUGCUUUUGCCAUCCAUAUGGAUGAGCCUGAUGGGGAGAGACGAAAGAAGCAAGUGAUUCCUAAAAAGGCUGUGUCCCAUGAAGGGGUCCUAGGCUUAAAUACAGCUGUAACGUCAUUAGGAGACAGAAAACCCUUGGCACCCAUAGAAAAUCCAAUGGAUCUUAGUUUUGAUUCUCCAAGUAUUAUGGAUAUAUCGGUAACUCAAGAAGUGGAAGAAAAAGUAAAUGUUAACCAGGUGCCAGACUAUAUUGAAGACAUCUAUACGUACCUUAGGGAAAUGGAGGUAAAAUGCAAGCCUAAAGUGGGUUACAUGAAGAAGCAGCCUGAUAUAACAAACAAUAUGCGAGCUAUUCUUGUGGACUGGCUGGUGGAAGUUGGAGAAGAAUAUAAAUUACAGAAUGAAACUCUGCACUUAGCUGUAAACUACAUUGAUAGAUUUCUUUCUUCAAUGUCUGUGCUGAGAGGGAAGCUUCAGCUUGUGGGGACUGCAGCUAUGCUGCUAGCAUCGAAGUUUGAAGAAAUCUACCCGCCUGAAGUAGCAGAGUUUGUUUACAUCACAGAUGAUACCUACACCAAGAAACAGGUCCUAAGGAUGGAGCACUUAGUGUUGAAAGUCUUGUCAUUUGACUUGGCAGCUCCAACAAUAAACCAGUUCCUCACUCAGUACUUCCUACACCAGCAGACCAAUGUUAAAGUGGAGAAUUUAUCAAUGUAUCUGGGGGAGCUGAGUCUAAUUGAUGCUGACCCAUACUUGAAAUACUUGCCAUCACUUACUGCUGCUGCAGCAUUUCAUCUAGCAAGCUACACAAUCACUGGACAAACCUGGCCUGAAUCUCUGUCCAAAAUGACAGGAUAUACCCUUGAAAGCCUUAAGCCUUGUCUCAUGGACCUCCACAAGACCUACCUCAGAGCAGCACAACACACACAACAGUCCAUUAGAGAGAAAUACAAGAGUACAAAGUACCAUGGAGUAUCGCUCAUUGAUCCACCAGAGACGCUAAAUUUAUUGUAACAAUCAAGAGACUCUUAAAAAAUGUGUAUUAUACUUGCAAACGAUGUACAGUUUUAACUCUGGUAAAUAUUUUAGAUGUCUUACAAUCAUUUCAGAAUAAUACCACAUGUGGUGUAACUUGAAAUUAUGAAGUUUAGUUUUAUAUGGUUUUAAUGUAAAUCUUUUUGUACAUGCAAUCUUGUUCUAAAUAUUUAGCUGGAGCUCUUUUAUAAAGCUGUUCUGUUCAAGUAUUGUGAAUUAA